GCUUUGUGUGAUAUAAAUACAAAACGUCUUACAAUAUCAAUGCUAGACCUAGAAUAAAACCUAUGAAUUAUAAAAUUAAGCCGAAUUGAUUUUCAUCGAAACCGAAACGAGAAAACAACAAAAUUUAAAAUUAGUGAUAACCGAUUAGAACAAUAAACCGAACCGAUUGUUCUCUUCGUUGGUUCUUCCCUUAAUUGUAUGAAGCCUCGCGGGAAAGUAAACUGGGGGUAAUAUCGGAAAUCACAGAAGGCAUUAAAAGGCGGGAAAAAGAGCCGUUGCGAACUAAAACUCUCAAACUAUGGCGCCAAAAAAAAGACGGUGGUUGCGACUCUGCCCGUAAAUUUUCUCGGGCAGCUAAUUUCUAUUCUUCUUAAAUUUCCAAUGUUACCCUUUCAUUUCUUCAUCUUCUUCAAAAAACUUCUCCUUUAUUUGCGACCCCAAAGACAGAAGUCACAGAAUAUUAUUUUGACUAUUUAAAUCUCUCUUUAUCACAUUUUCUUCUCAAUUUUUUUCCUCCUCCUCCUUCAAAAAAAAAAAAAAAAACCUUUUUUUUCCUUUCACACCUAGAAAAAUUGACCAAACACAAGUUUAAUCUUUUUCCCACUUUCAAUAUAUUCUCUCUUAUUCCGAUUCCUCUUCUUCUAAUUGGAACAAGUCUCUGUUUUUAUCUCUCUGUUUUCUUUUGGUUUUUACUCUGUUUUUUUCUUUUUAUCUUGAUUGGAGAUAGUUCAAGAGAGAUGGGUCUUUCGAAGAAAUCUCAAUUUGACGGAGGUUUAGAUUCUGACGGGAAGAAAUGGGUUAUCGCCGGAAUUUCGAUUCAGGCUUCGUUGAAACCAGUGAAGACAAAACACAAAGCGCCGCCGGAGAAAGAAGCCGAAGUUGAAGAAGAUUGCUACAAUGAAGAGGAAGAGUGUUCGACGACACCGACAGCGAAGGAAACGAAGAUACCGGAGAUAUUGGAAUGUCCACCAGCACCGAGAAAACGACGGCCGGCGUUAAAAUGUCGGUGUAACGCCGUUAUAGAGUUCUUUACGCCUCCUUCUGAUUUAGAGACGGUGUUUAUACGGCGCCGUUAGUGAGUUUAGAGUUUUUUUUUUUUUAAUAUAGUUAUCUAAUUAUAUAUUAAUUACAGGCCAUGAAAACUUUGGUUAUUAGAAUUAAGAAUUUAGAUUUUGUAAUGAUUUUUCUUAAAGAGUAUUUGGAUUUUAAAUUAUAGUUUCAGUUUGGGA